ACAAAUCUACACAUUUUGAAGAUGAGGACGCAGAUCCAAAAAGUUCCUCAGAUCGUAGAGUUUCUAAAAAAGAAAUCUGUCGGGCUGCAGCACUUCAAACCAACAUCGUCGGUGUGCGUCCUGGAGGAGAAGGAUGCUGUGGAGGCUGCGCGCUGCCCCCACGCUGCCUCCAGAGCGCACAGCCUGGACUCGAUCCCAGGGCCCACCAACUGGCCCCUCGUCGGCAGUCUAUUCCAACUUCUCCGGAAAGGAGGUCUGACAAGACAACACGAGGCACUGGUUGAUUAUCAUAAGAAAUUCGGCAAGAUUUUCCGGCUGAAGCUGGGCUCUUUCGAGUCGGUGCACAUUGGCGCCCCUUGCUUGCUGGAGGCGCUCUAUAGGAAGGAGGGAAAUUACCCUCAGAGACUGGAGAUCAAACCCUGGACAGCAUACAGGGACAUGAGAGACGAGGCGUACGGGCUCCUCAUCCUGGAGGGGAAAGACUGGCAGAGAGUGAGGAGCGCUUUUCAGCAGAAACUCAUGAAACCGACAGAAGUGGUGAAGCUUGAUCGCAAAAUAAACGAGGUGUUGCUGGAUUUCGUUGGCAGAAUUGGACAAAUAAACGUCAGUGGAAAGAUCGAAGACUUGUACUUCGAACUGAAUAAAUGGUCUUUUGAGACCAUCUGCCUCGUCCUCUACGACAAGAGAUUUGGUCUCCUGCAGGAGAAAGUCAACGAGGAAGCCAUGAACUUCAUCACAGCUGUGAAAACAAUGAUGAGCACAUUUGGUAUGAUGAUGGUCACACCUGUGGAGCUCCACAAGAGCCUCAACACCAAAACAUGGCAGGACCACACAACAGCAUGGGACCGCAUUUUCAGCACAGCCAAAGUCUACAUAGACAAGAAGCUGAAGAGGAACGCCCUCAGAGCUCCUGAUGACUUAAUCGGUGACAUCUUACACCACAGCUGUCUCUCCAAAAAGGAACUGUACGCAGCCAUCACAGAACUACAGAUCGGAGGAGUUGAGACGACCGCCAACAGUAUGCUGUGGUCUAUUUUCAACUUGUCACGUAACCCAGGCGCCCAGAGGAAGUUGCUGGAAGAGAUUAGAAAGGUGGUGGCUCCCGACCAGGACCCGUGUGGAGAGCACAUCAAGAGCAUGCCCUACCUCAAGGCCUGCCUCAAGGAGUCUAUGAGGUUAUCGCCAUCAGUCCCGUUCACCAGCAGGACUCUGGACAAAGACACUGUGUUGGGAGAUUAUGCAAUUCCCAAAGGAACAGUUUUAAUGAUAAACAGCCACGCACUCGGCUCCAACGAGGAGUACUUUGAAGAUCGGAAGAAGUUCAAACCUGAGCGCUGGCUGCGGGAGAAUAACACCAUCAACCCCUUCGCCCACGUUCCCUUCGGCAUCGGAAAAAGGAUGUGCAUUGGCCGACGGCUGGCCGAGCUGCAGCUGCACCUGGCCAUGUGCUGGUUGGUAAGAGACUAUGAGAUCGUAGCAACAGAUAAUGAGCCGGUCGACGUCAUCCAUUCAGGACUUUUGGUCCCCAACAGAGAACUUCCCGUUGCCUUUAUCAAGAGAUGAGGCUCCAUAUUCAACUCUCGUGGAAAUAGUGACAAGAAUACCUCUGUUGCCAUGACGUGGAUGGUCCAGUGACUCCCUCUAUUGCUGCUCUGUAAAUAGAAUACAUAAGACAGAAAUUAUUAUAUAUGUAAUCAUGCCAUAAAUACCUCUAACUUAUUUAAAACUAUUGCUUAUGACUGAUAAUGACUGACUAGAAUACCAGGUGUUAUAUAGAAAUUGGAUGUUGUGCCAAGGCAGCUGUGUAUGUAAAUGUCUAACGAUUGCUUUUCCUUGUUUAAUAAC